GUUAUAACAGCUCCUUCUUUCCCAGCAGCAUUAGCCCGAGCUGAAGGAACCUUUCCUUUAGAUCCUUCUCCUCUGUUCUUCCUCUCCUUGGCUUUCGCCUCUCACACCUUCCCCCGCCCAGUCUCUGCUCUCUUCUGGCGACCCUGAGCUUUUUUAUGCUAUGACAUCAAACCACAAUGCAUUGCACUGUUUGUAGUUUACCUAGAGUCUCCAUGGCAAUAAAGACCGGCUCGGCCCCUUAUUCAAAUUGAACCGGAAACCAACGUCAUUUUGGGCCAAUCUCCGCGCUCUGGAGUGACAUAAUGGAAUUUUUAGGGCUAGAAAGCGAGCGAGGUCUGGCGCUGCGCAUAGCAGACGUGCCAUCGGGAAAAGACGCUAUCAGCCGCGCGCAGGAGACGCACAUCGGAGCCCCUCAGGCACGACAACACUACAGGUGACCGAGCGACCACAAGCAAGGAGCUUCGGGAGCGGGAUCGCGCUCAAUAGGGAUCAGCUGAUUUCCUCAUGUGCCUGGUCAACAGUUCUUAAUGCGUAACGCUCAACCCUCCCUCAAGUGAGGGUGUAGAAUGGAAGCAACCCUCUACCCAGGAACCGAGGUGAAUACUGCGAGGGCUUCCAACACCUACUCCCACACCACGAUGAUGAAGAAGGAGAUCAACCUGAACCUGGGCGACCAGAGCUCCGCGCUCAAAUCCAACCCGCUGCGGGACACGGACGGACUCCUGAACUCGCCGGACUUGGGACUCUUGAAGCUGACCUCCCCGGACCUGGAGCGCCUGAUCAUCCAGUCCAACGGCCUGGUCACCGCCGCCGGCCACCCGAGCUCCCAGUUCCUCUACCCGAAGUCCGCCAGCGACGAGCAGGAGUUCGCCGAGGGCUUCGUCAAGGCGCUGGAGGAUCUGCACAAGCAGAACCAGCUGAGCGAGGCGGGCUGCGUCUCCGUGGACCGACUGGAGCUGCUCGCGUCUGCCAACGCGGUGGGCUCCGGCGGGCUGCAGGCGUCGGACCUCCCCGUGUACACCACCCUGAACGGAUAUGCGGCCAGUCCGCUCGGCGCCGCCGUCUCCAACUACUCGGCGGACAGCAUCCCCUUCCCGCCGCCGCCGGCUCACCUGGCCGGCGCGCAGCAGCAGGCGGCCGCCGCGGCCGCGCUGUCGCGCCUCCAGUCCGCCGGCCUGGUGAAGGACGAGCCGCAGACGGUGCCGGACAUGCAGAGCUUCGGGGACAGCCCCCCGCUGUCCCCCAUCGACAUGGACAACCAGGAGCGCAUCAAGGCGGAGAGGAAGAAGCUGCGCAACCGGAUAGCCGCCUCCAAGUGCCGCAAGAGAAAGCUGGAGAGGAUCUCUCGGCUGGAGGACAAGGUGAAGAGCCUGAAGACGCAGAACACCGAGCUGGCCUCCACGGCCAGCGUGCUCAGGGAGCAGGUGGCCCAGCUCAAGCAGAAGGUGAUGAACCACGUGAGCAGCGGGUGCCAGCUUCUACCCAACCAGGUGCAGGCUUACUAAGUCCCGGCUCUUCUCUCCAGCUCUCUCGACGAUGUGCCGAGGAUGGACAUUCGCCUUUUUUGUAUCCUAAAACCCUCUUUCGGAGCCUCGACGCGGGGCCUUGGUGAGUGUGUCCCCCCCCCGGACACGAGGCUGUGACCGAGGAACAGAGACGAGUUCCCCUGGAACAUGACCGGUUGUGCAGCAGCAGGUUUGGACCGCAGCCGCUCCUGGUUCAUGGGAAUCUGCCAGUGUUAUGCAGCAAGCAGACUUUUAUUGUUGCCCUAAUUAUUUUAUUUUUUAUUUUUUUUUGGGGGGGGGGGGGGGGAAGCCAUGUAGCAAACUGCUAUCCAGGGGACUGCCGGUGUUGGAUAGUAUGCAUCUGUCAGCUGGACAGUCUCAGCAGGAGUGCAACCAAACGGUGUGACCAAGUGCUGUCACCGACUGUGUAAUAUAAUGCCUUAUUUGUUUACAAGCACUUAGCAAAUGACAAAUAUAUAUAUUUUAUUUACGAAAAGCAUUUCUUAUUUUACAUAUGGUCUUAUUUCUAGUUGUUCCCUCGUUUAUUAUUAUUAUUUUUGCGGAAAAACAAAUGAACACUGCAUGUCCUUGUCGCUUUUGUGUACAGAAACUAUUGUGAUUUUCCAUCGUGGUGGCUGCUGUGUAGUUCUUCAGUCGCCAGACUUCCAUGAAUGUGCGUGUACGUGCUGAGAAAAAACAUAUGUAUCCACGUGUAAGUGACUCAAGUCCGUACCUGACGUUUAUUAAAUUCACUACAUUACUA